AUGGUUGCUACCAAUGCAGCCCCGGGCAUCUAUGAUGCGGCAUUGCUGCGUCGCCAGGAAAUGAUGGGUGCCAGUGGCCCCAAGGCGCUCGUCAAGAACUUCAGAGUUUUCAGUAUCGCCAUGUUCGCGUGUAUUGGUGGCCUUCUCUAUGGUUACAAUCAGGGAGUUUUCUCUGGUGUCUUGACCAUGCCCGCGUUCAAGUCACACAUGGGCGCCUACGACACAGAUCGGCCAGAGGACGCAUCAAAAAAAGGAUGGCUGACCUCGAUUCUUGAACUUGGCGCUUGGUUGGGAUGUCUUCUUUCCGGAUUCAUGGCUGAGGCCAUCUCGAGAAAGUAUAGUAUCUUGGUCGCCACCGGUGUAUUCAUCAUUGGUGUUGUGAUCCAGGCCACCGCAAUCGCUGACGGUGGUGGACACAAUUCUAUUCUUGCUGGUCGAUUCAUCACUGGAAUGGGCGUUGGAUCGCUGUCCAUGAUUGUCCCCAUGUACAACGCUGAAGUAGCGCCUCCCGAAGUUCGUGGCUCUCUCAUCGCCUUGCAACAACUCGCUAUCUGCUUCGGUAUCAUGAUUUCCUUCUGGAUCGACUAUGGAACUCAUUAUAUCGGCGGAGUCGGAGCAACUCAAUCCGAGGCUGCUUGGCUCCUCCCGAUCUGCCUCCAGCUCGUGCCUGCUGUUAUCCUUUUCGGAGGCAUUCUGUUUAUGCCCUUCUCCCCGCGUUGGCUGAUCCACCACGACCGCGAAGAAGAAGCCCGGAAAGUGCUCGCAAACCUCCGCGGCCUCCCGCAGGACCAUGAGCUCGUCGAGCUCGAAUAUCUCGAGAUCAAGGCACAAUCCCUCUUCGAGAAGCGUACUAUCUCGGAGUAUUGGCCUCACCUCCGUGAGCUUACCGCAUGGAAUACCUUCAAGUUGCAGUUCGUCGCCAUCGGCUCCCUCUUCCGCACCAAGGCCAUGUUCAAGCGUGUUAUUGUCGCAACCGUAACGAUGUUCUUCCAGCAAUGGACCGGUAUCAACGCUGUGCUCUACUACGCCCCGACUAUUUUCAAGGAACUCGGCAUGAACGACAACUCCACAUCGCUGCUAGCCACCGGCGUCGUCGGCAUCGUCAUGUUCCUCGCUACUAUUCCUUCGGUGCUGUACAUUGACAAGAUCGGCCGCAAGCCGAUCCUCAUCAUUGGUGCCAUUGGAAUGGCCAUCUGCCAUAUGAUCAUCGCUGGUAUCGUGGGCAGUUUCCGCUACUCCUGGCCUGAACACCGAGGUGCUGGAUGGGCUGCCGUGGUCAUGGUAUGGAUCUUCGUCAUCAACUUCGGAUACAGCUGGGGGCCUUGCGCGUGGAUUAUCGUGGCCGAGAUCUGGCCGAUAUCCAACCGGCCAUAUGGAAUUGCACUGGGAGCCAGUUCUAACUGGAUGAAUAACUUCAUUGUCGGCCAGGUCACGCCCGACAUGAUCGCCAGCAUCUCCUACGGCACCUAUCUCAUCUUCGGCAGCUUGACAUUCCUCGGCGCCGCCUUCAUCUGGAAGUUCGUGCCCGAGACCAAGCGGCUCACCCUCGAAGAGAUGGACGUUAUCUUCGGCUCCGAAGGCACCGCACAAGCCGACUUCGAGCGCAUGGAGGAGAUCAACAAGGAGAUCGGUCUUGAUAGCCUGGCAAGGGGCGCGAAUAGCAGCCCUGCAGCGGAGCCCCAUACCAUCGACGAGAAGAAGGAUAAUGAGAUCUCGACGAAGGAGGAAUAG